AUGGACAAUUUUACCCCCACAGACUUCAUCAAUUGGUGCUUGGGCAACACAGAUCCCAUCUUAACGCCAUUCAUACCACAGCUGUUCAAGAACAUCACACAAACAGCAACAAUGAGUACAAGAGCCACGACAUCUACAAGCCCAAGAAUUACAUCACCAUCUGGUGCUGCAACACCUACAACUAAAUGUGCAUCCACUAGUACAGCAAAAGCGCGUACAAAAUCAGCAUCGAGCGAUAGAGCAAUAGCAGUAUCGAGUACCGGAGAAGCACUGGAACGUAAAUCAACAUCGAGUGCUAGAAGAUCACUGAGACCCACACCGGCAUCCAGUAUCGGAGCAAAUGAAACAUCAACAUCAUAUGAAACAUCAACAUCGAGUAGUAGAGCAAAACAGAGACCAAUGUCAGCAUCGAGUGCUAUAGCAACUCAGAGACCAACAUCAACAUCGGGAACUACAACAACGCGGAGACCCACACCAGCAUGCAGUACCGGUGCAUCUCCCAAACAAAGAGUAACAUCAACAACGACCACCAGAGCAGUACCGAGACCAACGUCAGCAUCGAGUACUCGAGCAGCCUCAAAGCAAACUCCAACAACGAGUUUUCGAGCAACACAAAGACCAACUUCAGCAUCGAGUACCAGAGCUGCAGCACCAAGACAAACAGCAACAUCUAGUACUCGAGCAACACAGCAAUCGAAAUCUGCAUCUGGUACUGGAGCAGCCUCAAAGCAAACUCCAACAACGAGUUCUAGAGCAACACAAAGACCAACUUCAGCAUCGAGUACCAGAGCUGCAGCACCAAGACAAACAGCAACAUCUAGUACUCGAGCAACACAGCAAUCGAAAUCUGCAUCUGGUACUGGAGCAGCCUCAAAGCAAACUCCAACAAUGAGUUCUAGAGCAACACAAAGACCAACUUCAGCAUCGAGUACCAGAGCUGCAGCACCAAGACAAACAGCAACAUCUAGUACUCAAGCAACACAGAAACCGAAAUUUGCAUCUGGUACUGGAGCAGCCUCAAAGCAAACUCCAACAACGAGUUCUAGAGCAACACAAAGACCAACUUCAGCAUCGAGUACCAGAGCUGCAGCACCAAGACAAACAGCAGCAUCUAGUAUUCGAGCAACACAGAAACCCAAAUCUGCAUCUGGUACUGGAGCAGUCUCAAAGCAAACUUCAACAAUGAGUUCUAGAGCAACACAAAGACCAACUUCUGCAUCGAGUACCAGAGCUGCAGCACCAAGACAAACAGCAGCAUCUAGUACUCGAGCAACACAGCAAUCGAAAUCUGCAUCUGGUACUGGAGCAGCCUCAAAGCAAACUCCAACAAAGAGUUCUAGAGCAACACAAAGACCAACUUCAGCAUCGAGUACCAGAGCUGCAGCACCAAGACAAACAGCAGCAUCUAGUACUCGAGCAACACAGAAACCCAAAUCUGCAUCUGGUACUGGACCAGCCUCAAAGCAAACUCCAACAAUGAGUUCUAGAGCAACACAAAGACCAACUUCAGCAUCGAGUACCAGAGCUGCAGCACCAAGACAAACAGCAGCAUCUAGUACUCGAGCAACACAGAAACCCAAAUCUGCAUCUGGUACUGGAGCAGUCUCAAAGCAAACUUCAACAAUGAGUUCUAGAGCAACACAAAGACCAACUUCAGCAUCGAGUACCAGAGCUGCAGCACUAAGACAAGCAGCAGCAUCUAGUACUCGAGCAACACAGCAAUCGAAAUCUUCCCCUGGUACUGGAGCAGCCUGA